CUGCAUCCCACAAUGCCACUGCUGGCAGACUGGUUACUGCGCCACUCGGUGGUCAUGUGUCUGUUACUGCACAGCUUGGUGCUGAUGACCUUCUGUUUCCACCACGCAGCCACCAGCUGCUCCAAGAGCUGCUACUGCUCCCAGAGCGAGGCCGGGGGAAAGACCGUGCGCUGCAGCAACUUGCGGCUGACAGAGAUCCCCCACGACAUCCCUAACGACACCCGCCGCCUCUACUUGGACUUCAACCUCCUAACCGGGGUCCCCGCCAAUGCCUUCCUGCAGCUGCGCUUGCUCAAGGAGCUGGAUCUGUCCCACAACGAGCUGGCCCAGCUGGAGCCUGGGGCCUUCAAGGGUCUGGCUGGCUCCCUGCAGUUCCUGGACCUCUCCUCCAACAAACUCAUGACCCUCAACUCGGAGGCUUUUGAGGGCGUUCACGCACGGGCCAACCUCACCCACAAUCCCUGGCACUGCGACUGCAACCUGCAGAACGUGAUGCCCCACAUGAGCCUGGAGCCUGCCUCACUGGCUGGCAUCGUGUGCCAGACUGCCGACCCUGAGGACAGCGGAGCUCAGGGCUCCCCCUUCCUGCUGGACAAGGAUCUGGACCUAUGCGCAGUGCUGAGGAAGACCACUGACGUGGCCAUGCUGGUGACCAUGUUUGGCUGGUUCACUAUGGUCAUCUCCUACCUGGUGUACUAUGUUCGGCACAACCAGGAGGAUGCCCGCCGCCACCUAGAGUACCUUAAGUCCCUGCCCAGCAAGCAGGGGAAGUCAGAGGAGUCUUCCACCAUAAGCACUGUGGUGUGA